UGUUGUGUUGGGGAAGGUUGGUCCAGGUGUGGGAAGAUGGAGGCGUCCGGCGCUCCGUCCUGCGAGCUCUCCGACAAGUCCAAGAGAUACGACCGCCAGCUGAGAUUAUGGGGAGAUCAUGGACAGUCAUCGUUAGAAUGUGGCCAUGUUUGUCUGAUCAAUGCCAGUGCAGCAGGAACAGAAACAUUCAAGUCCCUAGUUCUGCCAGGCGUAGGAGCAAUCACCAUCGUUGAUGAUGCAAAGGUCACACCAACAGAUGUUGGCAACAAUUUUUUUGUGGAUAGUGAGAGUGUCGGAAGACCACGAGGGGAAGUAGCACUACGACUCUUGCUGGAGUUAAAUCAUGAAGUUCGAGGUACAUUUGUUGAGCAACCUCUACAGGAGAUUCUUGACAACCAGCCAGAUUUCUUCACUUCAUUCACCUGUGUUAUUGCCACUUGUUUGCCAGAAUGUACCUUGUUGAUGCUCUCCAAAGUUGUGUGGGAAGCAAAUGUUCCGCUGGUGGUAGUACGCAGCUAUGGCAUGAUAGGCUACAUACGAGUGCAGAUGGAAGAGCAUACAGUGGUCGAGAGCCAUCCUGAUAAUGAGAUUCCUGAUCUGCGUUUGGACAGACCCUUCCCUGCAUUACAGAAAUAUAUGGAUAGUCUCGACUUUGAAGCCAUGGACAACAAAGAGCAUUCUCAUGUUCCAUACGUUGUCAUUCUUUACAAGUAUUUACAGCUUUGGAAUCAGCAGCAUGGAGCUCCACCUAAGAAUUAUAAAGAAAGAAAAGCAUUCAUUGAGCUUUGUAAAACAGGCAUGAGAGAGAGAGAAAACAACGAACCCGAAGAAAACUUUGAAGAAGCAAUAAAGGCCGUUAAUACAUCAUUAUUGCCUACAUCCAUACCAGCUGGAGUGCAAUCCAUCCUCAAUGAGGCGGCAUCUAUAACACCUAGUCCUACAACUAAACCUUUUUGGAUUAUGGCGAGAGCCCUUCAUGAAUUUGUUACUUCAGAGGGACGUGGAGCUUUGCCAGUAAGGGGAACAAUACCAGAUAUGACUGCCGACUCUGAGAAGUACAUCAAAAUUCAGAACCUUUAUCGUGAGCAAGCAGCACAAGAUGCCGACUGGGUCUUGAGACGAGUGCAAGAACUUAGCCAGCAGCUGGGUCCAAGGAAAAUUAUGGCAUCAAUAGACAGUGAUGUUAAAACAUUUUGCAAGAAUUCUCAUGCCCUGAGAGUUGUUAAGGGCAAGUCUAUCGCAGAGGAAUACAAGGGCAGCAUUAAUCUUGGUGAAAUAGGUGCACACUUGGAGAAUCCUGAGAGUGAGCUAGUGUGGUAUGUAAUGCUCCGAGCUGUGGAUCAGUUUCAUUCCGAGUUUCGAGCCUAUCCAGGCUUUUUUCAGGAUCAAGUGGAAACUGACAUUGUACGACUAAAGGUUUGUGUAAAUAGGUUGUUAGCAGACUGGGGUUGUGGACCUAUUAUCAAGGACGAUUUCAUACACGAGAUGUGUCGGUAUGGCGCAGCAGAGGUGCACUCGAUAGCUGCAUAUAUUGGUGGAUGUGCAGCCCAAGAAGUUAUAAAGAUAAUUACCGGUCAGUAUGUUCCCAUUAGCAACACGCACAUCUAUAAUGCCAUAACAGCAACAUCGGAAACGUUUAUGCUGUGAUUGCUCUAUGAUUUGACUGCUAGCAAUAAUGAGUCAUCUAAAUAUAAAUACAGGUAUACAAUAUUGAUAGGCUGUACAAGCACAUACUAAUUUCCCAAUUUUACACAAAUUUAAGCCAUUUAGUAUCAUGUACAGGUACUCCAUAUUCUGCAGCGUGUUUGAAUUAUUCUAUGCAGGGGACACUCUUUGCAUUCUAGGGGUGGUAAGUUUGCUGCUGUAUUUAUUUCGGUUUAUUGACGAGAUUAACUUGAGUUUUAACCAGUUCUGUGGCAGUUUCAGAAUCGUAAAUGAGUUAUGUCACUGUAAUGGUCAUAGCAAGUAAUGAACCAUGUCACUCUAAUGGUUAUAGUUAGUAAUGAACCAAGUUACUGUAAUGGUCAUAGCGAUUAAUGAACCAUGUCACUGUAAUGGUCGUAGUUUAUCUUGUCAGAAUACCAGAACAAAAUACUGUAUUGUAGUAAAAGAAAUGCAAUUUGAGCCUUUAUACUAUUUAAUCUGGUGUAAACUUGAUGAAGUUUUGAUUUAAGUUUACCCCCCGAGUGAAAUGUUGGUGAUGAAAGAUUCGCCUUACUAUAGGGGUCUUGUGGACCCAGUGACUUCAAUGUUGGUUAAUUUUGUUUCAUGACUGCACAAAAUUAAAAAACUAAUUAUAAAUGUUGUAUGAAUCGGUAUAUUAUUAUUGGUGAAAUAUGAAGAUAUCCUUGGAAUUGGGGCAUUAAAGUGCCUAGGUUAUGGAAGACAGAUAGUUGAUGUCAUGGUAUCUAAAAUAAUAAUAAUUUUUUUGUUUCAAAUUCUGGUUUAAGAAAGUCUCUCUUUUUUCCCUAUGAAGGAAAUGUUUGCCUUGCAUGCAACAAAGAUUGUUCAAAAUAUUUCAGUGAACUGUUUUUGUAAAAUAAAAGGAUAUUUUAACAAUAUAUGUACAUAAUGAAUUAAUGUGAAAUCUCCUUAGAAAUAUGAUAUAUAAAGUUUUUUGAAAAUCCUUUUUCAUGUCAGAGGCUAUUGGCUAUUUACUGUACUGCAUUUGUAUCUGUAAACAAGAACUGUAUGUAAUUAAGUAAAUCUUUCAACUGUG